UUAGCUCUUUGGUUUUCCACCAUGUCUUUAAGAACAAGAAUCAAGGGUUUUACGGCAUGGGUGAACCUGCGCCUCAUGCCUUACGACCAUUUACUAAACAAUGUUAUCAUGGAUCUACUAACUGGGACCCACAUGAAAUACCUUGUGGAGAGCAUUACUGGUUAUGAUAUAAAAAGACUGGAGAGUUUUGAUGACCUGUCACAGCAGCAGAAGCAGACCAGGGUAGAUUGGAUUGUGGACGAGCUGAAGAAAGCGUCGGUUUUACCGUCAGAUGUCCAUGUAGACACUCGUCUGUUUGCCAUGAGAAGUGCUGACCAGGUGUUUGACCUGCUGUGGCGGCUGAUCAGUCAUGAUAUCUGGUUUGUGUGGGAGAGAGCAGAGUAUCUACAACAGCUGGAUGAGGAUGUGCUCUGUCAGGUGCCCUUCAAGUGGACACCUGAGCCACCUCCUGUUAAGAAGAAGAAGAAGCAACAGAAGAAAUCUCUACUCUCGGGUUUUGGAGGAGCAGGAUCUCAGGAUGAAGUAGACGAGGAAGAUUUGGCAGACUGGAUCAAGUGGCCCAAUGCUGACUAUGUCAAAAACUUCAAAAAGAAGAAAAGGGACUUUGGAGAUUAUCCCAGUCCUGAUGAUUGUAUACUGGAGAUGGUUAACUAUCAACUUAAGACUGUCAAAGAUGGGAAAAACCUGAAUUGUCAUUCCAUAGAUGACCUUGUAGAUAGCCGAGUGCUGUGUGCUCUAGUCAACUCCUUUGUACCUAACACAUUUACCUCAGACCUGCUCCUCAAUGAUCGGUGGACAAUUAUCCUGGCUCUGAAGACGGCAGAGAGAAUGUUUUAUGCUGAUACACCAUUUGAUUCCGAGGAUUUGGUUGAGGCAGACCCAAUGGCAGUGUGUUCAUACUUUUGUUUUUUCUUUAUGAUGGCCUACAAAUUUCGUCAAUGUCGAGCUGUUGUCAACAGAUUUGAAUUUAUUGGCAUGCUGAUCAGAGAGGCCCAACAUGAGAUAGACAAGUUUGCACCCAUAGUAGCCAACAUGCAGGAACUACAGAGGAGGAAGGAACUGAAGAAUGAGAUAGAAAUGCACCGACAAGCCCAAGACAAGAUAAAGAAGAAGUUUGAUGUGGAUUAUUGUAAAAAAUGGAUGCAGCAUAUUGAACAUGCCAAGAGUGAGGUUCGACGCUCUAUAAGAGACAAGAUGAGAAGUCGAUUUGAUAUUAUCACAAUUCCUAGGAAUAUCACAGUCAAUGACCUUUGCCUGGCUUUUGUCAUUAACCUGAGUUUGACAAAUGGCUCUGGGUUUUAUGAAGUGACAUCAAAAGAGGUCUGGGCAGAGGGAAGGAAAAUCGUCAUCAAAAACAAAGAGACAGGGGAGUUUACUGACGACUUCAGUGGGGUCAACAAAGGACCCAGUGUUAGAGAGCUGCUGAGGCUACCAGAUGCUGGGGUUAUUGAGAUCAUGCCUGGAGAUCACCCAGAGUAUGAGAUCUUCCUAGAGGCACCAAGUCGUAACAAACAACUAAAGGCAGGGAUAAAGUUUCUGUACCAGGUAUUCCCUGGGAACACGGGAUCAUGGCAGCGUCUGUUCAUUAAGUCGGCCCGAGAUAACGAGUUUGAGACGGUGGAGAAGAUGAUCAUUUUCUUUCAGAGUCAUCCACAGUUCAUCAACGCUAAGGAGCCCAAGUCAGGAAACACAGCACUACACUGGGCCUGCAGGAACGGACAUUUUGAAAUAGCCAGGCUGUUAAUGGAGAAUGGUGCCAACAUUGACAGUAAAAACAUCCUGAAAAACACCCCAUUGAAUGCUGGGAUAGAGGGCCUUCAGAGAAAAAUAUGUCAUUAUCUUAUAGAGUGGGGAUGUGAUGUUCACUUUAAAAACGCUAAAAAUCUGACACCAUUUGAGACAGUGAAAAAUGAUGAAUUUAAGAGAUACCUAAUAGAGCUGUACGAAUUCUACUCGGGUGUGGUGCCCAGGAUUAUGAGCGGAGACAUGAAGUUAAUGGACCGUGUCAUUAAGGACCAUGCUACGGGAGUCAAGGAACUCUGUUGUCUGCGGAGCAGAUGCAUCAAUGGUAGCACCUUGCUCCAUACUGCAGCUUACUAUGGACAUAAAAAUGCCAUUCGGGAACUUCUUAGACUGAGGGUGGACAUUAAUGUUCGAGAUUACAAGGGAGCUACCCCACUACACCGAUCCAAAAACACCGAAAUCAUGGAGCUGUUACUGGAUGCGGGGGCCCUGGUUGAUGCUGAGGAUGUGGAAGGAAACACCCCCCUUCACGUCAAGUGUUACGGCGAGAGUGGAAAGCCCUCAGACAUGACUAGUAUAGAACUCCUCCUUAACAAAAAUGCCAGCCUCAGUAAAAGGAACUCCAGGGGACUUUUACCAAUCCAUUGCUGUGCGAUGCAGGGUCGUAUUGAUGUAAUGAGGAUGAUGAUGCGGUAUGACCAUGAUGGCUUCAUGGCUAAAGCCAUCGCAGGAGAGGAGUCCAACAAACCUCCUCCAAGCCUGCUUAACCUCGCCAUCGCUAACGACUUCACAGAGUGUGCUCAGUGGCUUUUGGCAAAUGGGUUUUAUUUCAAAGAGAAGGAACAAGAUAUACUGAUGAGAAGAAUUCUGACAGAACAAAUCAUACUAAAAGACAGUCAGGAUGCUGUGAAGUUUUUGUUGGACAAUGGAGCAGAUGUAAACCCCAAAUACUAUCCAGGGAACAACUCGGCUCUCCACUAUGCUGCUAGUCUGAGUGGGGAGGCAGACAUUUUAGAGUUACUUCUGAAGUAUGAUGCAUCGGUGGAUGCUUCUAAUGAUGAGGGGGAGACGCCAUUGUUUUUUGCCACCAAGUCCAAUAACCAGUUUGCUGCUUCAACUCUUAUAGACCGCAAAGCUAACUACAGGCAUAAAAAUAAUAUGGGUCAGACUGCCUUUGAUUACAUAAUAGAUUAUGAUGAGUGGAUUGAAUGUGGAUAUUUCGAUGAUGAAAUCAAAGCAAGACUAAAAGCUUACAAUCUGAAGCACUCCAGAGAUCUAGUCAGAGCCAUAUCUAAGAAGGUGAAAACCAUUCCCUACCACCCCCUGAGACCGAGGUACCCCUCCAGUUUGGGGACGUCACUGACCCCCUCAGCCUCACCCCUCCCCCUGACCCCCACCAUCAUGCCGUCCUCCUCCCACCUGACCGCGGAGACAUUUGAUAGAGUCAGUGGGAUACUCCCCGCUAUAAAUAGAAGAACCUCUGUUGCUGUGGGUUACCUAGUGAACCCUCAACCUCUUUGAAGAACUGUGGGAAAUUGCAUAAUAUCUCUAUUAUUAAUCAUAUAAAUUUAUAUAUUUGCUGGAAUAAUAUAAUAUCCAUACACUGAAUGAGGUGAAAUUUUUGGGGUAUAUUUAUUAACAUAUGAAAACAUUUUGUUGUUUUUUUUGGUUGGACACUGUGCACUUUUAAAUGAUUGCAUAUUGUUGCUGUAUAGCUUGUUACUUAAGGUUUAUGAAAAUUAUCAUAAACUUGUGUUGCAAGAAAAUGAUGCAGUUUAUGUAUGUAACUUUAUUUUGUGUUUAUGUUGGCUACAUUUGGAUAUUUAGUUAUCAUUUGUACAUUAUAAAUCACAGUAGUAGACACUUUAUUUGUUGAAGACAUCUUACUAUCCUGUGUUUGUAUAUUGUCUCAUUUAUCAAGUCACAUAGUUUUAGUUUGCUUUUGUUAAAAAAAAUUGCAGAAAGUUUUAUUUCUGUUUUUCAAAAUUCUCAGUGAACAUUUUUCUUGUUAUACAUGAAAAACUGCAGUUCAUAAUAAAAUGCAAGUUGGAGAAUUUUGAAAACAUUUACAGAAUGAAGUUUAUUCGAUAGUUAAUGCAUGCUUUUUAUAACCAAGGUUUUGUAAAAAUUGAGAAACAAGUGAGUAGAAAGUAAUCCUUUUGGGAAUUACAUGUAUGCUUCCAUGCAUAAAUUCUUUGUACCCUAUUUAAUAUGAAAACUGUACUAUUUUUUAGUUUGAUUGCCUGAGAAUUUUGCUUACACCGUGUGUUUACUUGUGUCUGCCAGGCACUAGUUUAAAGUUUAAUUUAAACAUACAUUUAUAGUCUUGCCAAACUAUAAAGAUGCUUUUAUGCAUUGUAGACAACCUUGUAAAUGAAAAAUAUGUAUUUAUCAUUGUACGUAAUGCAUGUUUUAGUUUUUUAAAAUACAUAUAUAGACAGCAGUAUUACUUUUUUUCCAUUUACAAAUGACUAUGUGAUUAACAUACAUAGAUAUGUAAUUUUUACAGUGUUGACAUACCGUAGUUGGUUUGAAAAAAAUGUUUUUCUGUCCAAGUUUUGCGAGCCAAAAUUAGAUUGUUAAAGUAUUCUUAAAUUGUGCCUUGAUUGAUAUUCAUUUUCCAAAGUAUAUUUUAAACAAGGUUGUGAAUUACACUUGUGUUCUUAUUUUGAAUGUAAGUUUACACCAUUGUUAGGUACAGCUGGGGUUAUGCUUGUUUUAUGGAUUUUUUUUUCUAUAUUACAUGCAUUUUAAUAAAUGUUUUAAUAUUUGUUUGAGUCUAAGACAUUUAAACUAUAAUAUGUAAGCCAAUAAUUACAUAAAUUGAUGAAAUUUUUUUUUUCCUUUGAUAUGUUAAUGGACACAUUAUUUUUAUCCAGAAGAGAAAUUCAUAUCAUCAAAAUCAGAUGACCUAAUUGCUAUCUGUUUCUAUAGUCCAUAGUAUGAUUAUAUAAAUGGUUGCCUGUCAUUUAGAUUCAUUUAAUGAAUUCCAAAUUGCAGUCUCCUGAAAUAAGAUAAAAGUGAUCUACAAUAAAUAAAAAGCAUGUGGCUUAGACAAUCUUUUUUUUUUACUUGUAGGCAGUCAUUUCUCUCUCAAAAUUGUAAUUUAAAAUCAAUUGGAGGGUUUGCUGUUAUAAAAUAUAAUUUAAGGUUUUUGAUUUAAGAUCACGACAUAUAAAUUGUUGAAAAAAAAUUCAAAAACGUUCAAUCCAAAUUAAGAAACAAAGAGAAAGAGAAUGUUUUAUGUGUCAGUAAUACAGCUUAUAUAUAUUAGACUGCUAGGAUGUAUUGGAGAAAAAUAACUGUGCAUGAUACUCUGGUGACCGUCAUGGCUGAUUCGUCCCUCAUUUAAUUAUUGCUAGAAUAUACAUUAUGAUAUCUGUGAUACGUACAACACUGCUGCUAAGAUAUUU